AUGUACGGUCCACACUUGUUCCCCCCGCCCCCCUCCAGUCUGGUGAACACCUACGCUCCACCUACUCCGCCUCCAGCAGCAAACGGCUCCACCAACUGCAUUUUGGGAGCAGCAAAGCCAGCUCCACCUGCUCCGCCAGCAGUAUGCGCAAAGCCGCUCCACCUGCGCCUACCCACUUACUCCCCCUCCAGUAGCAAAGCCAGCCCCACCUGUACUUACUCCACCUCCAUCGCAAAUCCGCUCCCCCUGCCCCACCUCCAGCAAAAAAUCCAGCUCCACCUACUCCACCUCCAGCAGAAAUCCAGCUCCACCUACUCCACCUCCAGCAGCAACCCGGGCUCACCUGCUCCACUCCAGCGCAAUCCGGCUCCACCUGCUCCACCUCCAGCACAAAUCCAGCUCCACUUGCUGUCUGAGCAGCAAUCCGGCUCCACCUACUCCCCCUCCACUCCACCUGCGCCCACUCCACCUCCAGUUUGCAAACCCGGGCUCCACCUACUCCACCUCCUUGCAACCCAGCUCCACCUGUCCACCUCCAGCAGCAAAUCCAGCUCCACUUGCUGUCUGAGCAGCAAAUCCGGCUCCACCUAUCCCACCCCCAUUUGCAACCCAGUUUCCACCUGCGCCCACUCCCCUCCAUUUUGCAAUCCAGCUCCACCUGCGCCCACUCCACCUCCAGUUUGCAAAUCCAGCUCCACCUGCGUCUGA